AUGGCUCCCUCCUUCGUGUCGAUUGACACGAGCGAUAGUGACUUCAACAUGGCUUCCUCGCCCAAGCCCGCCGACACCUCGCGGACCCUCCUCCUCGCUCCCCCUUCCAUUGCUACCGAAGAGGACAAACUACGAGACCUAUUCUCCACCUUCCCCCGCGCAACUACCGACCUUCAAAUGCUCGACCGGCUCUCUGCCGGUGUCGUCACCCUUCCAUCCAACACCUACGAUCUCGUCCUUAUUCUUACCGACUCCGAUAGUUCCCGGCGGUCAGAGGCUCUGCGGCUACUGACUCGGGAUGUAUAUACCGCUCUCGUGCCGGCCAUGAAGGCUGGUGCUCAGCUCCAAACACAAGAUAAGGCACUGGACAUCUCCGAGGCCAUGGAGGCUAUUCUGGCCGGUCUGGUACAGACCGGAAACGGUUUUGAGAAGCCCAACAUCGAGCAAGCCGCCGCAGUUCCGCUGCAGUUCGGUCUGAACAAGAAAAAGAAGGCUGCCACGGCUCCAGAUCCGGCGGCUGGGAUACCAGUGCCUGGAUUUACGACCAAUGGCAUAAAUGCGAAUAGCCACGACCGGGAUGAUAAUGAUGAUGAGUUGAUUAAUGAGGACUCUCUUAUCGACGAGGAAGAUUUUACGAGACCGAUUAUGCCGCCCCCAGAGUGCCAGCCGAAAACGGGCCGAAGGCGGAAGGCCUGCAAGGACUGUACUUGUGGUCUGGCGGACCGACUUGAAGCCGAGGAUAAGGAGCGCCGCGCGAACGCCGAUAAGAAUCUCAAUGUGAUGAAACUGCAGACAGACGACUUGAACGAGCUGGAUUUCACCGUCGAGGGCAAGACCGGCUCCUGCGGUAGCUGUGCACUUGGUGACGCAUUCCGUUGCGAUGGUUGCCCUUAUCUGGGUCUGCCUGCCUUCAAGCCCGGCCAGGAGGUUUCUAUUCUCAAUGACGUUGCCCAAUUGUGA